CGGUGGUUCGGUUGUUUAAUCCAUGGGAAAAAAUCAAAGAGGGGAAAUGAAAACUGUGAACAAGAAAGAAACAGAAUAGAAGGUCGGAGAUUUACAAUCAAAACAAGAGAAGAGAUUCAUAAAUCCUUCUCGUCUCGCGCUAGCUUUCUGUAAACGGCAAGGUGGCCGGCGGUGACUCAUUUGGAUCGUUUCUUUGAAUAGAAAUUGGAGAUACAAUGGCCAUGGUAGAUGAACCAUUAUACCCCAUUGCCGUCCUCAUAGACGAGCUGAAGAAUGAUGACAUCCAGUUACGACUUAAUUCAAUCCGUAGAUUGUCAACAAUUGCACGUGCUCUUGGCGAGGAGCGAACCCGUAAGGAGUUGAUUCCUUUCCUGAGUGAAAAUAAUGAUGAUGACGACGAGGUCCUCCUUGCAAUGGCUGAAGAGCUGGGAGUGUUUAUUCCAUAUGUUGGUGGAGUGGAGCAUGCCCAUGUCUUGCUGCCACCUUUGGAGACACUAUGCACCGUUGAGGAGACAUGUGUGAGAGACAAAGCUGUAGAGUCGUUGUGUAGGAUUGGAUCUCAAAUGAGGGAAAGUGAUUUGGUUGACUGGUUUAUUCCUCUUGUCAAGAGAUUGGCAGCUGGAGAAUGGUUUACGGCUCGUGUUUCAUCUUGUGGGCUAUUUCAUAUUGCUUAUCCUAGUGCACUUGAUACAAUAAAGGCUGAAUUACGUUCAAUAUACAGUCAGCUCUGUCAAGAUGACAUGCCAAUGGUCAGAAGGGCGGCUGCAACCAAUCUAGGAAAGUUUGCUGCAACUGUUGAAGCAGCACAUUUGAAGACGGGCAUCAUGUCAAUGUUUGAGGAUCUUACCCAAGAUGAUCAAGAUUCUGUUCGUUUGUUGGCUGUUGAGAGCUGUGCUGCUCUUGGUAAACUGUUGGAGCCCCAGGAUUGUAUUGCACAUGUUCUCCCUGUUAUUGUAAACUUUUCACAGGAUAAAUCAUGGCGUGUUCGCUACAUGGUUGCAAAUCAAUUGUAUGAACUUUGUGAAGCUGUGGGGCCUGAGCCUACCAAGACGGACUUGGUUCCGGCAUAUGUUCGGUUACUUCGUGAUAAUGAGGCGGAAGUGCGUAUAGCUGCUGCUGGCAAAGUAACCAAGUUCUGUCGCAUCUUGAACCCUGAACUCGCAGUUCAGCACAUUCUUCCUUGUGUGAAGGAACUGUCCUCAGAUUCUUCCCAGCACGUCCGUUCUGCUUUGGCUUCAGUGAUAAUGGGAAUGGCCCCUGUGCUGGGGAAGGAUGCUACGAUAGAGCAGCUUCUUCCAAUUUUUCUUUCCCUUUUGAAAGAUGAAUUUCCUGAUGUGCGACUCAACAUUAUAAGCAAGCUCGAUCAAGUGAAUCAGGUUAUUGGAAUUGAUCUUCUGUCCCAGUCUCUAUUACCAGCAAUUGUUGAGCUUGCUGAGGAUAGACACUGGAGGGUUAGGCUCGCAAUCAUAGAGUACAUACCCCUACUGGCAAGCCAACUGGGUGUUGGUUUCUUUGAUGAUAAGCUUGGGAGUCUUUGCAUGCAGUGGUUGCAGGACAAGGUUUAUUCAAUUCGUGAUGCUGCUGCUAAUAAUUUGAAGCGCCUUGCUGAAGAAUUUGGUCCUGAUUGGGCAAUGCAGCACAUAAUCCCACAGGGAUUGCAUUGUUAGUUGGUAUGUACAAGUGAUACAUUUAGGCUGUUAUUGUUGCCGGUCCUGGAGAUGUUCAACAACCCGCACUACUUAUACAGGAUGACCAUUCUUCGGGCCACUUCUCUUCUUGCUCCAGUGAUGGGCGCUGAGAUUACGUGUUCGAAACUACUGCCUCCGGUUGUCAAUGCAGCCAAGGACAGGGUACCCAACAUCAAGUUUAAUGUCGCGAAAGUGCUGCAGUCCCUCAUUCCAAUAGUUGAUCAGUCUGUGGUGGAGAAGUCCAUUCGUCCUGCUUUAGUGGAACUGAGUGAGGAUCCAGAUGUAGACGUGCGUUUCUUUGCGAAUGAAGCACUUCAUGCGAUCGACAAUGCCAUGGUCUCAGGCUAGAUAUGUGCCAAUAGUUUUUCACAGCUUAAAAUAGUUUAUUUCUUCCUCCCUCGUCGACAUUUUAUGGUAAUGGUUGAUUGAUUGUUGUGCAAUUCUUCUGUAUUUGAGUUGUAUCGACUUUGCCCUUUCGAAGUGCUGGGUAGCAGACAUGGAAUGGAGAUGUAAUUUUGUAACCUAAUAUCUGAUGCGAGAGAAACUCAGCCUUUUUGCAUAAUAGAAUGAAAGCUUCAUCUAACACCUUGGAAUUUUGUAAUUGUGUUGUAGAAUUUUUAUGAAGAUUCUUUUAUAUAGUUCGAGUACUAGCAAUAUACUAAUUAAAC